GGCCGCAGGGCUCUAUUGACUACUCAGAGUGCGCGAAGCGUCUGCUCGAUGGAGUCUCCUUGGAAUAGGGGCAAAACUUUGAAGGCUUAGAGGUGCGAUCGCGUUUCGCGGGGAUACCACGCCUGAGGUGCUCGCCGCUUUCUGCGCGACGUCAUCCGUCGAAGCGACCAUUUCUUGCCCGCCACUAUGCGCCUAUUCGCAGUAUUUCUGCUCGCAGGCAUUCAUAUGUCCUCUAUUCUCACCCAGACUAUUUCUUCUAACACGCAGAGUGCUCCUUCACAACCUUUGCACCAUGGUCUUGUCGGCGGGUUCGAGAUCAUUGGCGAGUCCCUUGUCAGCGCCCAGCAGAUGUUUCUCGGUACUCCGGAUAAAGUGUUCAUUCUGGACAAGGUGGAGAACAACCCUGCUCAGAUCGACGGACACGCUGCUUGGGCUUCGGAAUACGAUCUAACAUCCGGUUCACAGCGGCCUAUGGCUGCAGUGACGAACACGUUCUGUGCAGGCGGCAACGUCCUUGGCAAUGGGUCGUUCAUCAACAUCGGCGGCAACCAGGCGGUCACUUAUGGUGGUGCUGCGGCGACUGUUCAGACUGGGACAGCCCCAUACGAUGACUCGGAUGGAGGGAAAUCAAUCCGAAUUUUCACACCAUGCGAUGACAACGAAUGCGAAUGGGUUUUAAGUAAGCAAAUGACGACUCGGCGCUGGUACCCAACAGUAGAGACCUUGCCCGAUGGGUCCGCAAUCAUUUUGGGAGGUUGCAGAAAUGGCGGUUAUGUCAACGAUGCGCGGCAGGAUAAUCCGACAUACGAGUUUUUCCCUUCCAGUGGCGAGCCGAUCGAGUCCCCAUUUCUGUCGAACACGCUCCCAAUCAACCUGUAUCCGUUGACCUUCCUUCUUCCAUCUGGUAUGUUGCUGUUACAAGCCAACCGAGCGACAGUCCUGCUCGAUCUGGACACUCACAUUGAAUACACGCUGGACGAUGUGCCCGACGCAGUCAGAGCAUACCCUGCCAGUGCUGGAUCCAUCAUGCUUCCCCUCACACCGGCGAAUAACUGGACAGCGACUGUCAUGUUCUGUGGCGGGUCUGACAACGACGAUUGGUCGACGGACUGGAAUAUCGCUGCGUUCAAGGCUUCGACGUCGUGUGUGACAAUAACACCGGACGUGUCCGGGUCUUAUACACACGUCGAUCCGUUACCUGAGGGAAGGUCAAUGGGCAAUCUUAUAUUCCUGCCUGAUGCAAGGAUCCUCUGUGUCAAUGGCGCUGAAACUGGAACUGCGGGCUAUGGAAAUGAGACGUGGGCAAUCAAUAUGUCGUAUGCAGACAAUCCUGUGCUAAAGCCGGUCGUCUACGAUCUAAACGCGCCGGCGGGCUCCCGCUGGAGCCGAGAGGGCCUCUCAGCAAGCACCAUUCCGCGCAUGUACCAUUCGUCCGCUACUCUGCUUCCUGACGGCGCAGUUCUGAUCGCUGGCUCGAAUCCCAAUAGCGACUAUAAUGUUGGGCCUGAGAUCAAGUAUCCCACAGAAUAUCGCGUUGAACGUUUCUAUCCGUCGUACUACAACGAACUGCGCCCUGAGCCAGUAGGCCUCGUCUCACGGCUGUCGUAUGGUGGCGCCUCCUUCGACGUUUCAUUGUCCUCAGACGACCUUGCUGGCAACAUACAACAUGCGAUUACCGCGACUGUGGUUGUCAUCCGCACGGGAUUCUCAACUCACACGAUGAAUGCUGGCCAGCGGUAUGUCCAACUGGAUUUGACCUACACCGCCUACGAGGAAAACUGCACAGCCAUCUUGCAUGUCUCCCAACUGCCUCCAAAUUCUGCUGUGCUGGUGCCCGGUCCUGCUCUUCUCUUUGUCGUCGUGAAUGGAGUUCCAUCUGUGGGAGUUCAGGUCAUGGUUGGCUCCGGUGAGAUAGGACCCCAGACUAUGCUUCCUAUUGGCGAUCUUCCGGAAUCGACCACCGUUCCGAAGCUGACGAAGAAUAGAGCCAACAGUGCUCCGCACUCGGACUCUCAAGUCAAAUCUGACCGUGCAGCACGAUCUUCGCCUGCGAUGAUCAGUCUAUUCACCAGCUUGCUAUGGACAUUAUCGGCCCUCUUCCUAAUUUGACAUCUGCAUUGCUAUCGUCUAUACCCUCAUCACUAUAUACCACCAUUUGGUAGGAUUACCAUGCGCUAGA